UGACCCUGAACUACACAGAACUCCAGCCUUCAGUGGACCCUGCAGACCCGAACCAGACGGAAGCCGAACCCGUCGAUAGCGAUGCUUCCUGCCCGUCGAUGCUUUGCUCUCCUUCGCCUGCCGGCGAUCCGCCCGCCUCACCGAGCGGCUCGGCCGUCCACGGUGGCCGUGUUCCAGACAGGAGGUGGACCGAACACAGUCCGACUCUGAGAUCUUCGUGGAAGAAGAAGAGAGGACGGCCGCCGCUCGCCGUCAGGAACAAACGUAAGAGGUCGACUCCAGCUCAGAGCUUCAGCUGUCACGUGUGCGGACGCUCUCUGCAGGGGAAAGGCUUCCUGCUCAAACACGUCCUGCAGGUUUGCGCCGAAGACUCUGACUGCUGCUGUGGCUUCUGCGGCGUGCAGUUGGACUCUGCCGCCGACCUGAUGGCUCACCUGCAGACGCACCAGGUGAAGAGCAAAAGCUGCUCCUUCUGCGGGAAAACCUUCCAGUCGAUUCUGGCGCAGGAGCUGCACGUGCGUCUGCACACCGGAGAGAAACCGCACAGCUGCGACAUCUGCGGCAAGAAGUUUAGCCAGAAGGGCAACCUGUCAUCACACAUGCGCAUCCACGCCACAGAGAAACCCUUCAAGUGUAAAGAGUGCAGCCGGGCCUUCUAUCACAUGACGUCUUUGGAGCGUCACAUACAGGAUCACAGCGGGGGGGAGGCGCACUCCUGCAGCGUCUGCGGUCAGGAGUUCACAAAGCGGCGCAGCCUGCGACGGCACAUGGCGACUCAUCGGAAGGACGUCGUCGACAAACCGAAGAGACGCCGCAGCUCGGCGCGGUCCUUCCUCUGCAAAGCGUGCGGCGACGCCUUCGACAAGAGGACCUUGUUGGUGAAACACGUGGAGACUCACCUGCAGGACCCGAACUGCUGCUGCGGACUCUGCGGACACCAGUACGAAUCUGCCGGCAGCCUCGCCGCACACCUGCGCUCCCACCGCGAGAUCGGCAAUACCUGCCACAUCUGCGGGAAGUCUUUCGGCGCUCAGGCGGCGCUGCUGAUGCACAUGAGGAUCCACACCGGAGAGAAACCGUACUCCUGCAGCUCCUGUGGGAAGAGCUUCAACCAGAGCGGCAACCUGAAGACGCACCUGAAGACCCACACCGGGGAGAAGGCGUUCUCCUGCAGUCUCUGCGGGAAGGGGUUCACCCAGAAACAGACUCUGGACACUCACGUCCGCUUCCACAACAAAGAGAGACGCUUCCUGUGCCAGGUGUGCGGCAAAGGCUUCAUGCAGGAAGUGGACCUGAAGAGACACAUGCUGAUCCACACCGGAGAGAAACCGUACAGUUGCCGGGUGUGCGGGAAGAGCUUCCAGGCCAAGCGGUCGCUCAACGGACACCUCAAAGUCCACGCGGCUGAAGGGGGGGAGUCGGGCCCGGACCAGAACUCAGACGGUCUCUACUCAGGAUUCAUCCAGCUGUAGAGCUUCAGAGGACAGACUGUUGACCCUGCAUGUUAUGGACAAAAACUGUAACCAACAAGGUUCAACUUUUCAGUUUGACAACUUUACUGUCUCAGUAAGUAGUCAGUACAGUAAUGAGUGGUACUCAGUACCACUCAUUACUGUACUGUGUAGUAGGGCUGGGCGGUAUACCGGUUUUAAUUUCCCGUAUGAUAUGAAUUCUUAAUAUAC